AUGACCUACAAGACUAUCGAUCAUGAUUUCGCAAACCCCGAGUUUGAAUGGGACAAACAAGAGAACUACCAGCGUCUGUCCAUCCUCGUCACUGGAAUAUAUCAUCUCUCCUUCUUCUUUCGCAAGCGCCCCGAUGUUACCGAUGAGUUCUUCAAAAAGCAUUACAACCACAUCCACUCCGAUCUCACUGUCGCAUGCAAGAAGUUCCACGCAGUCAAGAUACAACGCUACGUACAGCACUACCAAUCACCAGAGCUCAGAAGUAAAUUGCAGAGCUUGGGCAUGGAUCUACUAGACUACGAUGCUUGCAGUCAAGUCUGGGUGAAGAAGUGGGAAGACUGGGAGGCUUUUGCCGGGAGCGACGAGUACCGGGCUGCACUGAUGCCGGAUGCGGAGAAGUUUAUGGAUCUGGAGAAGGGAAUCCAGGUCAUGGCUGGGUGA